AACCUCCUUGUAGGAUAAUUCUUCGACGCUCUGCGGCUGAACCCGUUUGUACGAUUCGCUUGGAUUCUCAAGAAGGCCAUUAUAGGUCCCCAAAUCGGCAUAUGAGCGAGUGUGGUUUCGGAAAUGGGAUAUCCUCUUCCGUAUUCGCUAGGCAUCAGCCUUUGGCUGGCCCUGAUGUGCGUCGUCGCGUAUGUUAUCCGGUUUUCGUUACGCUCGCUCCCGGACAAAAACUAUCCUCCAGGGCCGCCCUGUCGCCCCUUCAUCGGGAACUCCUCCUACUUUUCUAGCCCGAUGCCGUUUCUCGACUUCACGGAAAUGCGCAAGACGUACGGUAACAUCAUCGGUCUCAAAUCGGGCUCUCGAAAUUUGGUUGUCCUUAAUACCGCAAAGCUCGUGGAUGAGCUUCUGGAGAAGCGCUGGAGCAUCUACUCUAGCCGCCCGGCUGAUGACAUAGUCGUGGAGUACGUCCUCCGCGAUUCUCAGCACAUCGUCUCCAUGCCGUACGAUGGCUAUUUAAAACAGUGGCGCGCGGCGACUCGCUAUCUCCUUGGUUACCAGCAGGUCGAGCAGAUGCUACCAAGGCAGGAGGCCUCUGCGGCUCAUCUGAUGCUGAGGCUAGCCGAGAGUCCGGGGAAUGCCGCUGAACAUUUCCAGACUUGGAGUUUAUUCGUGCCGAUGCUCGCAAUAUGCGGUGACUCGACGGCCAGGAACGAUUCCGAAAUUAAGGACACGUUCUUCAAAAACCAACAGGACUGGAUGACCAUUCUCAUCCCUGGCUCCACCUCAGCGGCCGAACACGUUCCGAUCCUGAAAUACGUCCCAGAGUUCUUUGCCAAGUGGAAGCGGGCCGCCGAAUCCGUGCGCAGGAACCAAAGGAAAUUUUACUAUAUGAUGCUUGACUCGGCAAGGAGAGAGUUGGCGGAAAACCCCGCUUCCUGUAGCCCGAGUUCUCAAAAGCGCGAGUCGUUAGGAGCAAAACUCCUGAGGCAGCAGCAACAGGACGGCAAGGGCAAGUUCAACGAUGACCAGCUUGCGUAUCUCAUGGGCACGCUACUCGACGCCUCUGUCGACACCACGUUCUCAACCGUUAAGACGUUGCUGCUAGCUCUGGCAGCAUAUCCGAACUGCCUCGAGCAAGCGCAAGCAGAAAUUGACGCCCUUCGCGGCUCUGAUUACCCGCCGCAGAGCGAAGAUCUUGGGAAAUUGCCUUUCCUCAGGGCCUGCCUUCUCGAAGUUAUGCGGUGGAGGCCGGCAGUCCCAAUCCUGGUGUCACGACGUCUCGACGCCGACGACAUCGUCGAUGGCUAUCACUUGCCCAAGGGGACUGUAGUCUUUGGAAACACGUGGGCGAUCCAGCAGGACCCCGAACACUACGAAAACCCAGACGUGUUCAACCCCGACCGGUUCCUGUCCAACCCCUACGGCACCAAGACGAGCGCGGACGAGGCCAAGGUGCAGGGUCGAAAGCCGAUCUACAUCUUCGGAGUCGGCCGUCGCAGAUGCCCAGGAGACGUGUUCGCGAUGAACACCACCCUCAUCACGCUCGCCAAGCUUCUGUGGGCCUUUGACAUAACGCCGACGGGGAAGGUCGAUCUAGACAUGAGGACGGGCUUUCGCGUCGGUCUCGUGAUGAUACCGAAUAAUUUUAACGUCAGUUUCGCUCCGCGAUCUGACAAACACCGAGAAGCGCUCUCGGACGACUUUCAGAGGCUCUCUCAUCUCCUCGAGUGACUGGUCGAUAU